GGCGAGCAUGGACUCGCCAAGGACUAUACCGGACAGCGAGGACGAGUCCGAGCGGAAUGCUAGGCCGACGCGCCAACCGAUAUUCUCAUUAUCUUCCUACACAUCUCCUACAGCUUCUCUGCGCGGCACGACCCUUGAUUUACCUUUCGAUUCGUUAGACACGCCUGGAAUAAUCACGCCUGGUAUACCCAUCACGCCACGGAUUGAAGAGACGACCAGGCUGUUAGAAGCUCAGCAUGACGCGAGAGAUUUGGAAACAGGGCAGGAGGGAGGCUCAGUAUUGAGUACUGGGUACGGUGCGCUCGACAGUGGAGAGCCUUCUAAUGGAGAAUCGGCAAAAUCUUCGCCUCCGAGCAAAAGAUCGUCGAGAUGGGCAAAAGUUCAAUACUAUAUACCCUCACUUUACUGGAUACCGAACUACUCUCUAUCGCUACUUGGAGGAGACCUUCUUGCAGGUGCAACCGUCUCCGCCAUGCUCAUCCCCCAAUCAGUCAGUUACGCAUCGUCGUUGGCGAAGCUCAGUCCUGUCACUGGUCUCUUCUCUGCCUCGAUACCGCCUCUCGUCUAUGCCCUCCUCGGAACCUCUCGCCAACUCAACGUUGCACCAGAGGCGGCACUCUCACUCCUCGUCGGUCAAGCCAUCUCUGACGUCUUGCAUGCCGACCCUCACUCCCAUCCCGAGCAUGCGGAUGCUGUGGGUUUAGCCGUGUCAAGCGUCAUUGUCGUUCAGGUCGGACUGAUCUCGUUUAUGCUGGGCUUCUUCCGUCUUGGCUUCAUCGACGUCGUUCUGUCGCGCGCUCUCCUUCGAGGCUUUAUCACCGGCGUUGCCGUCGUCAUCCUACUCGAACAACUAAUCCCCAUGCUCGGCCUGACCGCUCUUGAACACUCCGUGAACCCCCAUACAUCACUCGACAAACUCUUAUUCUUACUCGAAUACGGAUUCACACACUUCCACCGGCCGACGGCAGCCACCAGUCUUGCGGCAUUGUGCUCUUUGGUUUUCCUGAGAAGUUUGAAGGGGAUGUGUAGGAAGUGGCCGUUAUUGUACAGAAUGCCCGAGGUACUUGUUGUUGUCAUUCUUUCGACCAUUUUGAGCGCUCAGCUACGGUGGGAUGAGGACGGGAUAGAUAUCCUUGGUGCUGUGAAUAUCAACACUGGCGCUCAUUUCUUCAAAUUCCCGCUGCAUCAUUCGCAUUUGAAGUAUGUCCGGCAGACGACAUCGACAGCUGUUCUCAUCUCAAUCAUCGGCUUCCUUGACUCCAUCGUCGCAGCAAAGCAGAACGGCUCUCGCUUUGGACACUCUAUCUCGCCUAAUCGUGAGCUCGUAGCGCUUGGUGCAGCAAACUUGGUGGGCUCGUUCGUUCCCGGGACGUUGCCGGCUUAUGGGAGUAUUACAAGGUCGAGGAUCAACGGCGAUGUGGGUGGACGAACCCAGAUGGCUUCGAUCAUUUGUGCGGGAAUAGUGUUGCUGGCGACAUUCUUCCUCCUCCCAUGGCUAUAUUUCUUGCCGAAGUGUGUUCUUGGUUCGAUUAUAUGUCUGGUUGUGUAUAGUCUACUCGCAGAGACGCCACACGACGUUAUAUUCUACUGGAGGAUGCGCGCCUGGAUUGACAUGGCGCUCAUGUCUCUCACCUUCAUCCUCACUAUCAUCUGGAACGUCCAGGUCGGAGUAGUCGUCAGUUUGAUCAUCUCGUUGCUGUUGGUCGUGAGGCGGAGCUCGAAGACGAGGAUGUCGAUUUUGGGCAGGAUUCCAGGAACGGAUAGGUGGAAGCCUAUCAACGAGAACCCAGAGGCGGAGGAAAAUAUCCCGGGAACACUGAUUGUUAGGAUUAGAGAUAACCUCGAUUUCGCCAACACUGCACAACUGAAAGAGCGUCUACGCAGACUAGAGCUCUACGGUGUUGAUCCCAUCCAUCCCUCCGAAGCGCCGCGAAGACAGCAGGCGAGGGUUAUCGUGUUCCACCUCUCUGACGUUGAGUCCUGUGAUGCCUCGGCGGUGCAAAUAUUCUACGAACUGUUCGAGACGUAUAUCAAUCGUGGGGUAACUGUCUACGUGACACAUCUUCGCCGAGUCGUAAGGCACAGCUUCGAGCGAGGAGGCAUCGUCGAACUUAUUGGCGAAGAGGCAUUCUAUCAAGAUGUGGCGGCGGCGAUAAGUAGGGUGGCGAGUGAGCAUCAAGUAUUUGGUGGGAGAUUCUCCCAGGGUGGUUGACGGGGCCGCUGUAGGGUUAUGGGGAUGGAGAUGUUUACGACUUUUCACGAUGACUAACGAAAGUGGUUGUGAUAUCCCCUCGCGCAGAUGCGGAUUAGGGCGAACUUCGUACAUAGACUAUCACUGGAUCCGAGCACAUUUGACUAUGGCUGGCUCUUGUGUUCUUUCCUUUCCUCUCUUUCUUCUUCUCACAUUUCUAAUCCUUGUACCUCUUGGGCUUGUCUCUUUUCAUCUCUCGCACAUGCUGCUCUCAUUUUGUUCCGUUCUCGUUGCACAUCGCAUUGGGCUUCUGUUCGUAUUCUUGCAUAGUUCACGCUAGGUGUUCUACUAGUAUAAUGAGUAGCUCAUUCUGUACUUUCAGUGUCAUUGUGGUCUUCUUUGUAUCCAUCACUAGCAUUGCCCAUGAUUGCU